AUGGAGCCAUCUCCUUUGUCGGUAAUACGAACCUGCAUCACCAUGCUUGUCGAAGCUGCUAAGAAUCCGAUAACCUACCAGGAAUCGGUUCUUACGCAUCACAGUGCUCAAGGGACCGCCCAGCGUGCUCGGCCUGCUUUCAGGCACGGCGAAUGUGUCGAUACAGCGGGAGAGUGGUGCGAUCGCCGCUCACUAGGGCGUAAGGUAUACCUCACGAGCGUAGAGAAACGGAUGCAGAGCUUGGAGACCCUGAUAGCUCAAAGGCUUCCAGAUCUGGAUAUCGAGGAGGCGUUGAAAUUGCCCGACUUGCAUCGUUCAGGGGAACCAUCGCAAGCUGCACGCUCCCCAUCGCUUUCUCGGUCCACAAUCUCCACCCCAGGGACUGACGAAGUCCUAUUAAGUCCUGGGAAUACCAUCUCUGAGGCUGUACCAGACGAAGCUGAUGGCUUCGAUUGGCAAGAGGAUGCGAAUGAACUGGCUGAUGGGAUGGCCGCUCUGUCAGUCGAGCCAAACGGAACCGGCUAUCUGGGUUCGACUGCCGGAGUAUUCUUCUUGCGUUCGCUCUUGUUCUGGCUUGGGAACCCCGGCGCCACAGUUGUUGACCGUGACGUCUCGGGAGUAAGUCACCCAAGAGACUUCGACCAGGCAAGCUCGUCAUCCAGACUGUCGCAAUCUCUGGCCUCGCAUCAAGUCCAGGCUAAGUUGCUGGAUACGUACUUCUCAGUUUAUCACGUCACAUAUCCCUUCAUCCAUGAAGCUACCUUCCGUGCUCAAUUUCACGAGAUAAUUCCCCGCCCGCAGCAGCGAUCUUGGCAAAUGCUACUAAAUACAGUACUGGCCCUGGGCGCAUGGUGCCUGAACAGCGAAACAACGUAUCUCGACGAUGACCUCUACCACCAAGCGCGGGCAUUCGGAGAAGACGAGUCAAUGUUCGAAAGCGCCAACAUCACAUGUGUCCAGGCUCUUGUGUUACUCAGUAACCUAGGCCAAAAGCGCAAUAAACCUAACACCGGCUCAAACCUCCUAGGACUCGCUGUUCGCAUGGCUCUAAGCCUCGGACUUCAUCGCGAGUUUCCCAGCUGGGGUAUCAGCCUGUUCCAGCGAGAGAUGCGCCGGAGAGUAUGGUGGGGUCUGUACCUGUUCGAUAGUGGUGCAGCAACAACCUUCGGAAGGCCAAUUCUCCUGCCAGGGCGUGAAGCUAUGGACGUCCAUCAUGUGCUCAAUGUUGACGAUGAGUUUCUAACCCCAAGAACCGAUGUUCUCCCCGGCGAGUCGUCUGUGCCAACGAUCUACUCCAGCAUGAAGACUCAGUGCGACUUCCAUGUCCAUUCGAACCACAUCUCAAAUCGUUUACUGUCCGCAGCAGGAGUUUCGAUGGACGAAGCGUUGUCCAUGAACAAGGCGCUAGACUCAUGGGCAGAAACGGUACCGCCAUAUUUCCAGCUUCCAGAGGAGGUGGCUUCAGAGGAUCACUGGUAUCUCUUCGCCCGGUCGCGCCUGUGGUGGCGUUUCUGGAAUCUGAAAAUCAUUAUCUUUCGUCAAAUUCUCCUAGGGCGGGCGAUUGACCAAGGAAGGGGAGUCCCAUCAACGACAGCAGAUACUUUAGAUCGCAAAGGUCGACAAGCUGGGGUCAAUGCCGCUCAAUCCACCAUUGAAUCGAUCAAUCUCUAUCUAGAGAAUGGUGUCGGAAACAGACUUGUUAGCUGGUACUCAGUGUACUUCUUGUUCCAUGCGUCUCUAGUCGUAGCUCUCGCCAUCCGUGGGGACACUGAAUCACCAGAGCUGUCUAAGUGGCAUGAAGACAUCGGAAUGGUACGGAAUAUCCUGCGAAAUGUCCUCGCAGAAAAUACUCUUGCGGCACGAUGUGCAGAUAUACUCGACCAUAUCCUGCCACACCAUCCCCAGGAUUUUACAUUCUCGGACAUUGGCCAAAUCGACUUUGACACUAUGGACUUCUCCUUAUGGCCAGUGGAUCAGACGGAUAUCCUCAGCUCCCUUGGUUGGCCGGACGCUGGCCACGGUAUAUGA